AUGUCAGAUAUCGUUAAAAUUUUGGACUUGCAAAAGGUAGAAAACCACAUUCAAGUUGUUAAUCCAAAUCAGUGUUUGAAUUAUGUCGGAAAACAGUGUGUGUCUUCUGAACAAGUUGUCUUUACCGUACGUAUCCCAUAUAUUACAUUACGGUAUUGGUAUACUUGCAAAGCCAAAGAUGGUUUACUGAACCAAAUCAACUGCAGCUGGAUCGAAAUACUCAACUACUAUCUGAACCAGAUAAGUGGAUAUAAAAUAAGAGAAAACUGCGAGAGAAUUGAAGGUCGUUUAAGGCGGUUGUGUUGCCAAGUUGCAGCCAAAUAUGUAGGGGCAAAUGGCACAACGUUCAGGAAACUUAACCUUAAUGUAGUCAAUAUUUCGGUACGUGCAGGGGAGUUUCAGACAAUGGCAGAACUAGCAUCUAAGCUAAAACAAGAACAGGCAAAAAACGAACAAAUGUGCAAAGAAAACGAGAUCCUUAAAUCCCGAUGUGAAGAAUUAUAUAGCCAAAUGAAGGAUGCCCAAAAGGCUGAGAAAGAUGCCCACCAGAACUUCGACAUCCUACAGACCGAAAAUCUGGAACUCUACACGUAUAUCGAGAACAUUGGACAAGAUGUUAACUUUGACAACAAAAGUAAAAAGGUUUGUGAAGUUGGCGAACGUCAACAAAGGAGAAAACUAAAAGAACUAAAAACUAAAAUUGAACAAGCACUUUGGUUUGCAAAGACCUUCGGCCUUGAAUUACAAUCCAUUAAUCUUUUGGAUCAAAAGGGUACUGAGCACACAAUAACCUACAACGAGUCCAAUCAUGCAAGAGCUUAUAAAGACCUAACUGAAGAAGAGCAAGAAAAAGUAAAAAAUAUCCUAUUUUUGUUAGACAAUUUCUGUGUAAGCGAUGCUGCAUAUCACGAACUGACAAUGAGUGAAGGAGGAAAUCAAUUGCCACGGUCAUACCUCAUCAAACAAUGUAAAGAACAACUUAAUUCACUAUGUCACAUAACAAGGACACCUGGUCAGGCUGAAGGAGUUCAACUGGAUUUUAAGUGCGAAUUGCAAUCUUAUAUCAGAAAGAUGGCAAGUACAUGUACUGUUUCUUUAAAACAUAGGAGCAACAGUUCUCAGAUAUAAGUUCUUUCCCCCUUGCCCUGCUGUACCCGUAUUGAAGUAAACAGUCCCUCUAGACCCCCUGCCCUAAAUGACACUACAGUACUUGAAUCGUGUCUGCCACAUUCAAUGUGACUUUGAUUUUACUUGCUGUAGACUGAGAAAGUAUUUGUAUUAUCGGUACCUUAGCCUUCAUUUUCCUUAGAGUGACUGAGACCCAGGACCUACAGUAUUUGAAUUUCCUCAUCAUGGGAUAUUAACCUGAAUUAGGACUAAAGUUGUACUGUUGACCAUACUAUGUAUUCAAUAGUACAGUAUUUUUUAUUUUGCAGAUUACAAGUAAAGACAUCAACAUUGAUGAUCCAGGCUUCAAGUUAAAGAUCAAGCUUUCAGGGGAUGGUGCAAAAAUGUCAAAACUGACAAAUUUUGUUGUGAUCUCAUUUGCAGUGUUAAACAAAGAUGAUGAUGUAAUGGCCUCAAGAGGUAUAAUCUUAAAGAGUAAUGUAGCAAUAUACAUACAGUGACAUAGAGAUGAUAAAUAAUACUAGAUGGGGCAUCAAGGUUAAAAUUUGGGUACGUGGCUAAAAUGGGGGACAAAUUUAGGUGCCCGAUGGGAAAAUGAGUACACAUCCGGGACUUGAAUUCGUCCCCCAAUUCCUUUUUUUGCCUGAUGUUAAGAUUACGAUGCCCCCUCUAGUGUUAUUAAUUAUAAUCUCUAUGUACAGUACAAUCUGACAAACCAUAAUAAUGUCAUCUGCAGGAAACCAUUCAAUAGCCAUAAUCAAGGGUCAGGAAUCGUACGAACUGCUGCAGACUUCAUGUGCUGCUAUAUUUAAACAAGUGAACGUAUUAGUGAAGGAGAAAAAGAUAUCAAUUGAUGAAAAAGAUAUUCCUUUAGAAAUGUUUCUGGGAGGUGAUUAUAAGGUAAGCUUUAUAUGUCAUAUAUAUAUAUGCUGUUUUAAUUUAAAUCUGAUGGAACAUUUGCACAAAGUGUUCCUCUUUUCCCACCUCCUGACCUCCCAUCUCCCGACCUCCCAACUUCCGACGAAUGUACAUACAUAUAUGACAGAAAUACAGUAACUAGAGUACAGUAAGCAAGAAAAUUGUUUUAAACAUCCAAAAGCUUAUUUUCAUAUUUCUUAAAUAUGUACCAAAGUUUCUUCUACUUGUCUUGGGGAUGAAGGGAGCAACUUCAGACCAUGCAUGUUUAUGGUGCAAAAUCCAUAAACAUGAAAGGUAACUGCAAUAUAAUAUAUUUUCUUAAAAAUAAAGAACGUAUUAAAAUAUAUCUUCAUCACCAUGGUAAUAAAUAUCUCCCAAAAUUCUUGCACAAUGUGUUAAUAGAUAUGAUAUGUCAAAGUCACAGGAAUACUACUGGAGUGAUCACAUUGUUAGAUCCUUGAAAGAGAUCAAAGAGUGUGCAAAAAAGCGAGAAUAUUCCUGUGAGCAUAUGCCACUUGUUAACAUACCCUUAGAGAAUGUUAUAUUAGAUGAGCUCCAUCUGAUGUUGCGAAUAACAGGUACUAAAACAUACCACCAGGCAGUAUGUACAUUUAUUUAUUUAUUAUAUUUCUGAUUCAGUAUCCUGGAACAUUGUUAUGUAUUAUACAUUGCUCUUGUAUUUCAGAUAAAUUGACAAAGAAUUUAAUUGAAGCAGCGCUAGAAUGGGACAAAAAGGACAACCUAAACAAAGCACCAUCCAAAAGGAGUAAUCAACAUAUGGAGGAUCUACUUGAAGCAAUUAGGAGUUGUGGACUUUCUUUCCAGGUUUGGGAAAAAACAAAUGGAGAUGGAAGUGGAAGUGGAAUGUACGAUUUCACAAGUCUGAUGGGGUCGGCUAAAAAGUUAUUACUAAAAAAGUUGCCUGAUAAACUAAAGGGGGUUAUUAUGCCUGACACUGAAGAGGCUGUUAUCAAAUUAUGGAAGGUAAGCCUUCUCGAUUGAGCCAAUGCAGUCUUUUUGAUAAACACAGACUUACAAACUAGGUAGGCUAUAUGUAUCUUGGUAUAUUUGAUGAAAAAUUUAAUUUUUUUAUCUCUAAUUAGGAUUUUGAUCAACUAUAUACCCUGCUGGGUCAGAAAAACCUGAGUGAUGAAGAUAUUCAGAAAUACUUCCUUGAGGUAUUUUAACUAUAAAUAUGAAUUUUGAGGUUACCAUGCCCACACGAUUAGCACUAAUUUCUUAUUUCUUCACCUGUAGGAUGCUUAUAAGUAUGCCUCAAUUAAACUAAAGUCAUAGACUAGAUGAUAUCUUUUAACCAAAACAAAAGCACCUUCAACUUAACUUUUGUAUUUUGCUCAUUGCUUAUACAUGUAGGCUUCCAACUGGGUUUCACACUUCAGCUCGCUUGGAGGGAGAUGCUUUGGCCAUGAAAAAGCUCGUGUAACCCCGUACAUGCAUAGCAUGGUUUAUCAUGUACCUCAAUUCAUGAAAAAUCACAGAAGUAUUAAGAUAUUUACUGGUCAAGGUAAAUUAUAAUACUUAAAAAAGUAAACGUGAUUUUAUAUAAGCAUGUUUAACUUGCAAACUUUAGGUUGCUAUUAGCUUUCAUAGACAAUACAAUAUGCCCCGGGAACAAUAUUGACAUUUUGCCCUGGAAUUCCUCUGGGGUAAGUAAAUUUUGCCCUGGAAAUCCUCAGGGGUAAGGUAUUUUGAUUGUAAUUUCUUCAGGGGUCAGUGUAAAACACUAAAUUCUUUAGAGGGGUUUUGAUUAAAGACAGAUCGAGGUAUUGUAAAACCCUUGCCCUCGAUAGGGGGUAGGGUUUUUUAAUGGAAUAGACCAAUUAGCAAAGAUAACAACGGAAAUUUGCUAAUUGAGAGAGAUACAACUAACCUAAAAUACAAAUAGAACUUCGUCUGAAACGUCGAGGGUUUUAUGUAUUUUUCACGUGGAUGAAUCUCUCUCAAUCGGCAACUUUCAAAAGCGCUUAAAAGUUAAAACUCACCUUAUUCAUGUCCUACAGUAGUUUCUAUUCCAAACAAAACCAUUUGCUUACUACUGAGUUCGCACUGCUUACAUAUUACAAAAUAUUUACAACCAUUUUGCAACACAAUGUCGCUUAUAGUAUCAAUAAUCGUAUUAGACUAAUUGCGUUGGUAACUUGCUGUUCCGCCAAUGGUUUUCAGCUCAUGAUCCCAUGUUGGCCCUUAAUAUCCACAUCCACUGAUCUCAAGAAAAGACUGUAAUAUGUUAAGGCUUCAGAUCAGUGCUCCCUUCAGGAAAGGUAAUAAUUAAAAUUUUCAAUCUUGGACAAUGAUGCCCUGUGGUUUCAAUUUCAUUUUUUGUACCAAUAAGCAUUACAAUGAUUUGGAUGGAUGAAUGUCCAAUAUAGAUCAAUAAUGCCAUUCCUUUAUAGUCUUUAUAAUACCAUUAUUCUUACACAUCUUUUUUACCUUUGUUAAACUUUUAAGGUGUGGAAAAAUUGAAUGACGAUUGUCGGCGCAUUCAUUUGCAGCGCUCCAACAAGUGGGAUGCACCCAAAGACGUCUUGCUGGUCGAAAAAAGAUUGGAAAAUCUUGCCAGUUAUGAAAGGUGCCCAAGACCUUACAAAAAGCAUACCCAACAAUACUGGGAAACAGAUAUCAUUGAAAAUCGUGCCAAACGUAUUCGAGUUUGUCAACAAGCUGCACCAGCAGUCCCGGGUACUGUAAAUGUUGACAAAAUGACUGUUGAAGAAAUAAAAAACUUGUUGAUGGAAAGGGGUAUCAAAACACGUAUUAGAACGAUAAAAAGACUCCGGGAACUUCUCAGAGAUCAGCUGGCAGCAGAAGCAAUGGAACUUUAA